GUAGCCGAAAACAGAGGAAGAUACUAAACAAAACAAACUGGAAACCCCAAACUCUCACCCAAUAACUUAUAAAUUCCUCCUUCAUCUCCAAUAGACUUUUCAAUUAAAAUUCUCAGCUUCUUCCAAAAAUUCAGCAAACUGUUCAACAAGAGAAGAAGAUCGAUGGCGAAAGAGGAAGUAUUCAUUGGUUCGAUCGAUCAAGGCACAACAAGCACCAGAUUCAUCAUCUACGAUAAACAUGCUCAAGCCAUUGGAUCUCAUCAAGUCGAGUUCACUCAAUUCUGCCCACAAGCAGGAUGGGUCGAGCAUGAUCCGAUGGAGAUUCUUGAAAGUGUGAAGACGUGCAUAACGAAGGCCGUUGAUAAAGCUACGGCUGAUGGGUUUAAUGUCGAUAAUGGUCUUAAAGCCAUUGGUAUUACUAAUCAGAGGGAAACUACUGUUGUUUGGAGCAAGUCUACUGGGGUUGCACUUUAUAACGCCAUUGUUUGGAUGGAUAAUCGAACAACAUCCAUUUGCAGGAAAUUGGAGAAAGAAUUAUCAGGGGGAAAAUCCCAUUUUGUGGAAUCAUGUGGUUUGCCAAUAAGCACAUAUUUUAGUGCACUGAAGCUCUUAUGGCUGCUGGAAAAUGUGGAUGCAGUGAAAGCAGCAGUUGAGAAAAGGAGAUGCACUUUUUGGAACCAUUGA